AAGCAAGGAGUAUGUGGAGGAGUCGCUGGCGGCCGGGAUUAUUCGCCCAUCUUCAUCCCCUGCCGGAGUCGGAUUUUUCUUUGUGGACAAGAAGGACAAGACUCUGCGACCCUGGGUCUCAACGACAUAACCGUGAAAAACAGGCUGAAAAGUGUUGCUGUUUCAUCAAGAAGAUGGAAUCCAAAAGCGCGAAUGAAAACAAAGGUGGAAAUUUCUCACUUUCAAAGAAUUGUGCCGAAAAGAGCCGCAGAACCGCAACCCGGCCGACGUCAACGGCGCCGGCCGUCCCCCUUAAAAGGCACGCGUGCGCACACCCCCGACACAUCCAGACCCUCCAGGACCUCCCGGACCUCCAAGACCUCCGCAACCUCCAGGACCUCCAGGACCUUCAAGACUUCCACAACCUCCAGACCCUCCAGGACCUCCAUCUGCCCCAUUUCAGCGGCGCACCUCCACCUGCCAGGACCCGGACCUUGUAAACCAUCGCCACCGGAACCGUCACGACUGUCUGGAUCAUGAUUGUCGCCCUGGUGGUGUUGGUCCUGCGGCUGGGCAGCGUCCACGUGAUGACGGCGGCCGUGCCAGUCUGCAGCCUCCCGGAAAAUGUUGUACUGGAGGCCCACAACCUGCUCAGAGAUCUGGGGGCGUUGUUUCCUGUCCACUGCCUGCCAUACAACGCCAACGUGACCUUUCCUUGCACCGCCCUCACCAACGCCACCCAGUGUCGGCAGACGUUGCGGGCGCUUCACCAGGCGCUGCGGGGGGCAGAGCAAGUUUUCCAGGACAACGACCUACCGCACGGAGAGGGUGCAUUCGCGUGGGACCAGCAGAAACUGGACUACUUCCAGAACCUUCAGAACCGCCUGGUGCGGGACGGCGGCUGCUUGUCCGCCGGGGCCCUUUCGGAUCCUCAUUUGUCGUCCUACUUUGGCAACGUGACCUCUCUUCUUCAGCAGCAGGACAGCGCCAUCUGUGGUUGGUCGCUGCUGCGGCGAGAUGUGCUCUGGGUCCUCAAUACUGCUCUUCGCCGACACCGCAGCUGCUUCAGAUGAUGACAAGCCACGCCCCGAGACAGUUCAUAUUAUAUACGUCACCUAUUUAUAUAUUUAUCUGAUUCGUCCUGUCAUUCUGCAU